AUGGCUGCCCCUUGGGAAACGAAAGGGCCGAUUUACGAGUACUCUUUCUACGAGUGCAAGACCGGUCUCGCAACGCAGUGGGGUCCGUGGGGACACACGGAUACUUCUGGACAGGAUGGACCUGUGACCGAAUUGCAUGAGCAUCUGUGUGCGGCGUUUGGCGCAGGGCGAAUCUCUCAGAUCACCUGGCAUAAGGAUCCAGCACCAGGAUCGAGAUUGAAGCCAAAGUCAGAGCCAGAGUUAGAAUUAGAGUCAGAUCCAGAGGACUAUUUCGAACCAUCGAGAGACUGUCGGAGACGAACGCAUCCACUCGACGAGCUCUACCCAAAUCCAGCUAGUGUUCCGCUGAAAAUUGGCAACGCCAUCGUCUACCUCCAUGUCGACAAAGGAGCGACAACUACUUCGAGCUCAGACCAGAAAGCACGGGAGCAUUUGCAACCGGGCAGCUCGGGAGGAGAUCACGAAUCGUCCACUGACAGCGCAGUGAUUGAGGCGACUUCUCCAGCAGCUUCUUCUACCAUAAUUCCUCCAAAUAUCGAAAAGCCGAACAAUACCCAGCCAAAGGCAACCCGGAAGAACGACAAGGGCAAAGGUCGUGCCAUUGAGCAAGAGCAAGGAGAGGAGGAGGCACAGUUGGGAGCGACAAGCCACGCGACAAGCUCUGGGGUGGAGCCACCAACGGAGUCGUCUAGCAUUGGCAGCAACAGGACAAGAGAGGGAGCCGCGCGUCUGGAACGCAUUACAACGGCAUCAGCAGCUUCAGCUCCUUCUCGUAAGGUUCCAAAGUCGGAAGAGCACAAACUCCAGUGGAACCAGGAGAUGAAGCUCUGCCUGUGGGUCAUGGAAGAGGCCUUCGGUACGCAGCUAGGAGACUGGGGACGGAAAGCGGAUGUGUGGAAUCAAGUCUUCAUAAAGGCCUUUGAGAGGCAACUGAGGGCCCAGCUUUCCGAGCACGUGAAGGCCGAGAAAAAGUAUCAAGCUCACAAGCCCGCGAUCAAGCAAUGGGUAGACAUCAAAGCCAUGGACAAGCAAGGUGAGGGUUUCCGAGCCAUGGAGCGGAAAGUUCAGGCUGCUAUCGCUGCUCUGGACAAAGAGAGUGGUUGGACGCGCUAA